AUGCCGUCUCCCUCGACCGGCGACGCCGCGGUCGGCGUCCUCGCGGCCGCGGCGACGCCGCUCCUCGGCGCGAUCGGGCUGUUCGCGUGGAGCAGGGCGUGGACGGGAACCGCGUUCGCGCUCAACCUCGUGAAGUGCUCCGUCGGGACGCUCGGGUUCGCACUGAUGGGAAUGCUCACGACUGUCGACGCCGGGUGGCUCGCGGGCGCGACGCCGACCGCGGUGACGUGGCUCGUGAUGUCCUCCCUCCUCGGCAUCGUCGUCGGGGAUAAUUUGUGGCUGCACGCGUUGCGCGUCAUCGGCGCGAGGCGCGUCAUCCUCGUCGGCAUCCUCCAGCCGUUCGUCGCGCUCAUCUUGGCGCGCGCGGUGCUGCGCGAGCCCGUGAGCGCGGCGACGAUCGCGGGGAUGGCGGUGACGUUGAUCGGGGUGUUGACCGUGUCGUUGGAGAAGGACGACGCGACCGGCGGCGGGGACGACGGCGACGACGGCGACGGCGGCGACGGCGAGGGGGGCCCGGCGGAGGUGGAGCUUCCGGAGAUGGGCGGCGCGUCGGCGGCGGCGGCGGUCGCGGAGGACGCGACGGCUUCCACCGCGACGGCGUUUUCGGCGGCGGCUGCGGCGAGGUCGCGCGGGUACGCCGCCGCGGCGUUGAACGUCGUCUUCGACACUUUGGGCACGGUGCUCACGAAGCGGCACGGAGCUUCGAUGAACACGUGGGAGAUCAACUUCAUUCGCUUCGGGUUCGCGGCGGUUUCGCUCGCGUGCGUCGCCGGCGUCAGAGCCGCGGUCGCGCGUCGCGGGAGUGACGCCAGUAACGCCGCGUACGCGCGCGUUAACGAUGAUGAUGAAGAGGGCGGCGGCGGCGGGGGUGGUGGUGGUGAUACUUUGAAAGAGGUGACGGCGCCGUUCUUUCUGCCGUCGCUGACGCGCGACGCGUGGGCGUUGGUUUUACUCGGCGUGGGCUUCACGACGUUUCUCGCCCCCGGCCUCGGCAACUACGCGCUGUUCCGCGUCCCGUCGCUCGCGGUGUUCAGCACGCUGAUGUGCGUCGGGCCGCUGUACUCGUUGCCGUUGGGGUGGUACGUCAAGGGCGAGAGAGUCACGUGGCGGGCGGUGGGGGGGUCGUUCGUCGCCGUCGUCGGGUGCAUGCCGAUGAUUUGGGGGUUGUGA